AUGAAUGGCUCUGCGGUCUUUCUCAAGACUCUUGUUGAUUCUCUCAACAAGGAACAGUUUGAUGAAAAUGUCGAGGUUGUAAUAGCACCUCCUUCGGUUUAUCUUGAUAGAGUACGUCAGUCUGUGAACAAACAUAUCAGUGUUGCUGCUCAGAAUGCAUAUAAUGUCUCUAGUGGAGCGUUUACUGGAGAAAUUAGCCCGGAAAUGUUGAAAGACCUCGGAAUCGAAUGGGUUAUACUAGGCCAUUCGGAGAGACGUGAAAUAUUUAAAGAAAGCGAUGAAUUUGUUGCUUCCAAAGUGGCUCAUGCUCUUAAAGUUGGAGUCAAAGUUAUUGCUUGUAUUGGCGAGAAACUCUCGGAGCGUGAGGCAGGAGACACGUUUAAUGUAGUUACCCGUCAACUUAAAGCCCUUGUCGGUAAUAUCAAUGACUGGUCAAAUGUUGUGAUUGCUUAUGAACCAGUUUGGGCGAUUGGAACCGGAAAAGUGGCCACGCCGCAACAGGCUCAAGAAGUACAUGUAUUCAUCCGUGGUUUGCUCAAAGAUCUUGUCUCCCCCGAAGUCGCUGAAAGCACGCGAAUUAUUUACGGAGGUUCUGUCAAUGCAGGGAAUGCCACCGAUCUGGCUAAAGAAGCAGACGUAGAUGGAUUCCUUGUCGGAGGAGCAUCAUUGAAACCAGAAUUUAUUACCAUAAUUAAUUCACGUAUCUAG